GGACUGGACCUCCUCCAGGCUUUUCAGCAGACGGGCAUGAUGGUGUUCGGACAACAGAAGCAGCAAAGUGAAGAUGCCAGUUUGGUCUUUCACCUGCUGCUCAUGGAGGAACGCUCCUGUCGGGUCGCCAUAGCACACAGGCACGCCCGCUUUGCUCAGGCUGCCCUCAAAGCUUUUGGAGGCUUGGUGGUGAAAAUCAGACAUUCCUGUGCUCUAAACACAAUCGAUGGAAGGGAGAUUGUAGGCAUUGAGGCCCGCCAGUUUGUGGUGAUAGCUGGAGAGGAGAGAGGGCGCACGCUCACACUCGGUUUGUGUUGUGUUUUGUGUUUCCCCCUGCAGUGUGUUGGUGAGGAGAACUGGGUAGACAACAGGACAGUUUACAUUGGACAUAAGGAACCUCCUCCAGGAACUGAGGCCUUUAUACAACAAAGGUUUCCUGACAACAGAAUAGUCUCCUCCAAGUACACAUUUUGGAACUUCAUCCCCAAGAAUAUGUUUGAGCAGUUCAGAAGAGUAGCCAACUUCUACUUCCUCAUCAUAUUUCUGGUUCAGUUAAUGAUCGACACUCCCACAAGUCCAGUCACCAGUGGGCUGCCGCUGUUCUUCGUCAUCACCGUCACCGCAAUAAAACAGGGCUACGAAGACUGGUUGAGACACAAAGCCGACAAGGCUGUUAACCAGUGUCCCGUCCAUGUGGUGCAGCAUGGGAAAGUGGUCCGCAAGCAAAGUCGCAAGCUCAGAGUCGGAGAUGUGGUCUUCGUGAAAGAAGACGAGACUUUUCCAUGCGAUCUCAUCCUUCUUUCCACAUCUCGAGAUGACGGAACGUGUUAUGUUACCACGGCCAGCCUGGAUGGAGAGAGCAGCCACAAAACAUAUUAUGCAGUUCAGGAUACCAAAGCCUACAACACAGAGACGGAGGUCGACUCCAUCCACGCCACCAUAGAAUGUGAACAGCCACAACCUGACCUGUACAAAUUUGUAGGCCGUAUUAACGUCUACAUGGACAAUGAGCCGGUGGCCAGGCCGCUGGGAUCAGAGAACGUUCUGCUUCGUGGAGCCACACUGAAGAACACAGAUUACAUCUAUGCUGUUGCCAUCUACACUGGCAUGGAAACCAAGAUGGCUCUAAACUACCAGUCCAAGUCCCAGAAGCGAUCGGCUGUAGAAAAGUCCAUGAAUGCUUACCUGGUGGUUUACCUGUGCAUCCUUAUCAGCAAAGCUGUCAUCAACACGGCCCUGAAAUAUGUGUGGCAGGCCGACCCCAACAGAGACGAGCCCUUUUACAACGAGAGGACAGAAGCUGAGAGACAGAGACACAUUCUCAUCAGGGCAUUCACAGACUUCUUGGCCUUCAUGGUUCUUUUCAACUACAUCAUUCCCGUCUCCAUGUACGUCACGGUGGAGAUGCAGAAGUUUCUGGGCUCCUACUUCAUCAUGUGGGACGAUGAGAUGUUUGAUGAUGAAUUGGGGGAGAGAGCCGUGGUGAACACAUCGGACCUGAAUGAGGAGCUGGGUCAGGUGGAGUAUGUGUUUACAGACAAGACCGGGACGUUGACCGAGAACAAUAUGGAGUUCAUUGAGUGCUGCGUGGACGGACACGUUUAUGUUCCGCAUGCCAUCUGUAAUGGACAGGUGAUGCCUGGUGCUACCGGCAUGGACAUGAUCGACACGUCCCCUGGACCUGGAGCCAGGGAGCACGAGGAGCUGUUUUUCCGUGCGCUGUGUUUGUGCCACACAGUGCAGGUGAAAGAGGAGGAGACGGUGGAUGGGAUCAAGCAUGGCAUCCACCAUGGCAAGUCCACCUCCUUUUACAUCUCCUCAUCUCCAGACGAGGUGGCUCUGGUGGAGGGAAUGAAGAGGCUGGGUUUCACCUAUCUGAGACAAAAGGACGGCCAGAUGGAGAUCUUGAAUAGAGAGGAUGAGGUAGAGAGGUUUGAGCUGCUGGAAGUCUUGACCUUUGACUCAGUCAGACGAAGGAUGAGCGUCAUCGUCAGGGCCAGCACUGGAGAGCUGUAUCUGUUCUGUAAAGGCGCCGACUCCUCUAUUUUCCCAAGAGUUAUCUCAGGCAAGAUGGAGCAGGUCAGAGCUCGGGUGGAGCACAACGCAGUGGAGGGACUGAGGACACUUUGUGUGGCUUAUCGACCCCUGAGCUCCGAACAGUACCAGCAGAUCUGCCAUCUGCUCAAUGCGGCCAAGUUAGCUCUACAGGACCGGGAUAAACGGCUGGCCGAGGCUUACGACCUCAUUGAGAAAGACCUCAUACUGCUAGGAGCCACUGCUGUAGAGGACAGGCUGCAGGAAAAAGCAGCUGACACCAUCGAGUCCCUCCACAAAGCUGGCAUGAAGGUGUGGGUGCUCACCGGAGAUAAGAUGGAGACUGCAGCUGCAACCUGCUACGCCAGCAAGCUGUUUCGCCGCAAUACCCAGAUCCUGGAGCUGACCACCAAACGCACAGAGGAGCAAAGCCUCCACGAUGUGCUGUUCGACCUGAGCAGGACCGUCUUCAGGCAGUAUGGAGGCAUGACCCGAGACACCUCAUCUAGUUUAUCAGGCGAUUGCACUGACUACGGCCUGAUAAUUGACGGAGCCACCCUCUCUGCUGUGAUGAGGCCUGAUCAGGAGGACUCAAAUUCGGGGAAUUACAAAGAGAUCUUCCUUGAAAUCUGCCGCAACUGUAGCGCGGUUCUCUGCUGUCGAAUGGCACCACUUCAGAAAGCACAGAUAGUCAAGAUGAUCAAAGCCUCCAAAGAGCACCCCAUCACACUGGCCAUUGGAGAUGGUGCAAAUGAUGUCAGCAUGAUUCUUGAAGCCCACGUUGGUAUUGGCAUUAUGGGUAAGGAGGGCCGUCAGGCAGUGAGAAACAGUGAUUAUGCCAUCCCAAAAUUCAAACACCUCAAAAAGAUGCUUCUCGUCCAUGGACAUUAUUACUACAUCCGCAUCUCUGAACUUGUGCAAUACUUCUUCUACAAGAAUGUCUGUUUCAUCUUUCCCCAAUUCCUCUACCAGUUCUUCUGUGGUUUCUCGCAGCAGCCACUGUACGACACCGCCUACCUAACUCUGUACAACAUCAGCUUCACCUCGCUGCCCAUCCUGCUCUACAGUCUCAUGGAGCAGCACAUUAAUAUGGACAUCCUGAAGAAGGAUCCUUCUCUCUACAGAGAUAUUGCCAAGAACUCUUUGCUGCGGUGGCCCAUCUUCAUUUAUUGGACCGUCCUGGGUGUGUACGACGCCAUCGUGAUGUUCUUUGGUGCUUACUUCCUGUUUGAUAACACCACCUUCACCAGCAACGGACAGCUAAUGACAACCAACACACAGAUGAUGUUUGGAAACUGGACAUUUGGAACACUUGUCUUCACUGUACUAGUCUUCACUGUUACAUUCAAGUUGGCUUUAGAUACUCAUUACUGGACGUGGAUCAACCACUUUGUCAUCUGGGGCUCCCUGGUGUUCUUCGUGGUCUUCUCCCUGCUGUGGGGAGGAAUUAUUUGGCCUUUCCUCAACUACCAGAGGAUGUACUACGUGUUCAUGCAGAUGUUGUCCAGCGGUCCAGCGUGGCUGAGUAUAAUCCUUCUGAUAACAGCCAGUCUGCUGCCAGAUGUGGUGAAGAAGGUAAUCUGGAGGACGCUGUGGCCCACCACUACUGAACGCAUACAGAAUGCUGACAAACUCUACAAGGGCCAGCUGUCAGAGUUCACCCCCCUGGCAUCUCUCCACGCCCCACCCAAGGCUAGCAGCCACCGGCGAGGCUCUGAAAACCAAAGGAACCCACUGAACCCUCGAAGGUCUGAAACAUAUAACAAGAAAAUCAUGUUCACACGCUGGCAAAGAACCCCAGACUACCGCACCUUCACCCCCCUCCUCCGAUUUGCUGAUGGGUCCCGCCCCUUGAGGCAGGCAAACGCUUACAUGGGAGCAGGGCCUGAAACCUCAGUCUAACUUAUUUCUUUUUGAUGUUUUCUCCGCUUAUAUUGUGAUGUAAAUCACAGAAAUGGAGCGUACAGUUAUUCAAAAUGAACUGGUUACCUUCCAUUACGGAGCAGGACUCAGAGCUCAGACUGCGUCGCUAAAGCGUGGCAGUUAUUUGAGGGGAUAACGGUGCUGAGGCAUGAAGCACUGUGGGAUGCAUCUGUAAAGACCUCCACAACGCCUCACUUGCCACCAUGGCCUGCAAAGGGCUCCGUGUUUGAUGUCACAACAAACAGAAAAAGACUUGAGAGCUGUGGUUUCAUGUUAGAAUGUGUGCACAGGCCCUUUACACGUCUGCCAGCAGUGGCAGCGAUAGAGUUUUUUUUAGUUAGGAUUUGUUUUCUAGUGGUCAUGAUGUUGAAACUGAAAACAUGCUGAUGAUGGUGAUGACGGCUCAUCUCAGUCUCUCACUGACCGAACAUGUCCAUGUUUUUAAUUCCUAUCAUCUCUGUUUUCUCUCCUCUCUGUCUGACCUGCCUCCUCAUAGGACUAACUGGUGUUGCCUGUGUGCAAACCUGUUAUCCAGAAACUCUCCGUAGGACUCUGCGGUCAGAUCCUACAAAACUGUAAGGAGUAGUUCAGGAGGGAAGCCUGAAUGUUGGAAAACUCAGUUGGUCAUUUGAUCUGUUUUCAGUUACUGUUUGUAAUGUCCUUAAGAAACAAAAGGCCAGCUUUAGCCAUAUAUCCAACACUUCCACGCUUCCCUUUCACCCAUAGGUAGUGUAGUAUGUUUGGUGGGAUAGAUGUGUUCAUCUAUGCAGAAUGUAUUCUGCCUCUCGGAUUACUUUGAUCAAUGUUUUAGUGAUUUUUCUCUUUACAAAUGUCACAAAUUCCUGCUGUUUGCCUUAAUAUCGCCUUAUAAUAAUCACUAUUUCCCCCUGAAGUUAUUUACCAAAGAAACAGAUGAUCUAACCUCAUAGGCAACACAUUUGGGGCUAAUGUAAUCAGCAUGCGACCUGUUAGAUUUAACCAAUCAAAAGACUGAAGAUAGAAAGUCUUGUUCAUCCUGAAGUCAACCAAAAGUAAUGCUUGGAGCACUUAUAUAAGUGUUGAACACACAAAUGGAUUAUCAUGUCUUCAAAGUGCCCCAAACUACUUGAUGCCUUAAGUAAAGACAGCUCCACAAGAUAAACUCAUUUCAGCUAUGAGAAAAUAAACAGCAACUGUAGUGCAACAAUGAAGUCAGGACUGCAAGUUUGGCUUUUCCUCUGUCUAAAAGACAGGUGAAACCUUCAGUCGGAUACACUAAAAGUGUAAAAACCUGAUUGUAAAAAACAACAACUGAAGUAUCACGUAAUGAAAAUGCUUGAAAUUGUAGGUUACAGUGGUUAUAGCACAGAUCAGACCUCUCGCCACCCAAACUAUUUGUUUUUUGGGAAGGGGGGGUGGGGUUUGUAAAAUUGGGGGGGGGGGGCAGUGGACCAAAAUAGGGCAGGGAGCUGGAGCAUAAUCUUUCCAAUCUUUGUAAAUACUCCAAAGGAAUACUCUUUUGUUUGAAACAACAGGAAGCACAAGCACUUCACGUGCAUAAUGUAAGUCCUGUACCUAUGCACGCAUUACCACCCCUCGCCAUGAGAGUAAGAAUAACUGUUAUUGAUCAGUAAAUCUAAUAGAAUCUAUAUUAGAAGCAAAAAUAUAUGCACCUUGGUACAUUUCAAUGAAAAAAGGAUGCAUUUUCAAAGACGUGAUGUCAGAUCCUCUCACACAGCUGAUUGUUUCCACUUAGUGGCAGAAUAUGGGGUCACCCGACCUCUAAAAGUCUGUUGAUCAUUUGCCUCUGCGCUGGCUGAAGGCCGUCACAGUGCAGCCUCAAGUCUCACUUCCCUGUUUCAACACUUGUCCUCUUUCUUCCCUCCUAGCUGUCUGUCUCUGUUUCUGUCUUUCUCCCUCUGCUGAGGCCAUGUGGAAAGUUUCCUACCUCUGCGUCUCUGGUCUCCACCUGUCUUCUCGUCAUCAUCGUCAUCCCCUCCUGCAUCUUCUACAUUUCUGUGCAAAUCCAUCCUUUCAUCUGUUGUGUGAACAGGAAUUUUUUUCUAUGAACCAAAGCCUUGUCGCUGCUACGGUAGAGAUACUUUUAGCUGCUUUACAUUAGGUGCCUUGUGCUAGUUUGUGAAAUAUAUACCUGUGAACUUGUUCGUGCUUGCUUUAUAGUGAACUUUUGACUCUUGGUGGGUGCUUGGAUGGGACAAAGCUUAGCAGAUAAUGGAUAUUUGAAACGGAGAAUGUAAAAACUAGUAUUUGUGACAGUUCUGCUGCCAGGACAAAAAAAGUCUGAAUGAGCAACUCACAAUCAACGAACAAAUGAAUCAUCACCUGAAUGGUUUCAGUUUAUUGUUUUUAUUCCAGAUUUUUUAACACUGUGUGUCCACAAAGGUAUCGGUCACAGAUUAUAUUUUUGGGAAACCUCUUUAGCCGUUGAUUCAAAUGAACAGCAAAAAAUAUUUGUUUUAACAUUUUUUCACACUUUCAAUGUAUUUUUUUCAGAUUUUCCCAGGAGUUUCUGCAUAUUGUUUCAUUGGACACUUCAAAUCAAAGUGAAGCUUUUUGGCAUUCUUUUACAUUUUUAAACUUUAAAUUUUAAUUUGAAACUUUCUUAAUCCAAGCGAGGUUUCUACACUUGAUUGUCAAAACAAAACUUGUGAGAGCUCAAAUGCAACAUAAUGUUUGAUAUUUUUAUUCUUACAGGCACUGAAUCUGUGCACAUAUGUGCAACAGUUUGCUCACUGUUUCGCUCUAUAAGAUCUUUAUCAUUCCGCUGCAAUAAGGCUUUGCCUGUUAUAAGUGUGAUUAUGACAAAUGUGCUACUACCAGAUGUCAUCCAUCACACUGAAGAAUUCUUUCUCAGAGCUUGAUUUGGGAUUUUACAAAAAACCAACAAAAGGUAAAAAUGUUCUUUUCUGUAAAAAUCAUCCCUGUUCAUGUGUUCGACCUAGUAUUUCCAUCUGACUUUAGUGUAAGGGUUUCAAGCUGUCAUGUCAGGACAAAGCUUGAAAAAUUAUGAUUGCCGUUGUGCAUUUGGCCUGACUAAAGUUAAUGAAUAGAUUAGCAGAGGCAGAUCCUGUAGUGCUCUUUGUGUGUACAUUAGAGACUCUGUGAUCCUUUGUUACAGCUUUUUUUACAUUUUGAAGACAGUAUUUAAUGUUUAUGUGUGUCUUAUUUAUAUGUAGGGGGAUUUGAGCAGCCCUACUAAAUUGUGAGGAAACCAACACUGGACAUGUGUUUCUGUACAGUCGUAUGCAUCGCUUUACGUGUAAAAGAGAUUUCUGAGGUGUUAGCUGAUGUUCAGACACACCCCUGCACUGAACACUCUCAUGUACGGAUCGACACUUUGCUGUAGAAAUAUUCAAAGCCAGUCAUGGUGCAUUAUAAGGUCCCAAUGUACCACUCACUCUUGUCCCGUCUGUUCUGAUCUAUUCCACACUUUCCUUUCCAAACUGACAGCCUUCAAACAGAAUGUCGUUGUUUGACUUUUGCAAUGUGUUAAUGUACAGCGAUCUAUAUGACUUGUAACCACAAAUCUGUAUCUAUAAAUCUCCGUACACUCUCAGAAACUAUAUAUAUUUAUGUGUGUGUGUGUGUGUGUGUGUGAAUGUAUAUGUGUGUGAAUGUAUAUGUGUGUGUGUGAGAACAAUAUAAAAAUUUAGUUAUUUUAAUUCAUGUACAGUUUUUGGUGUCUUUUUGUAUACGUUUUUAACAGUCAUAUCAAGAUUUACUUGUGGAUUUUUGCCAAUCUUUCUUUAGUUAUUGAUGGCAAACAAUUGUACAUUUGCUUGAAAAUAAAGGCCGAAGUGGAAAAGAAGAA